AUGCUACAGCGGAAGCACUGGAAGUAUCGGGAGCAGCAGGAGGAGCAGGAGGAGGAGGAGGAGGAGGAGGAGGAGGAGGAGGAGGAGGAGGAGGAGGAGGAGGAGGAGGAGGAGGAGGAGGAGGAGGAGGGGGAGGAGGAGGAGGAGGAGGAGGAGGAGGAGGAGGAGGAGGAGGAGGAGGGGGAGGAGGAGGAGGAGGAGGAGGAGGAGGAGGAGGAGGAGGAGGAGGAGGAGGAGGAGGAGGAGGAGGAGGAGGAGGAGGAGGAGGAGGAGGAGGAGGAGGAGGAGGAGGAGGACGACGACGAGAAAGAGCAUACCCGUCCCCUCGGCCAGCAUUAG